AUGGAGAUACCAGAUCCCGUGGAUCUGGAGAAGGGUCAUGACAACGUCGGCGUCGCAUCCAAGCCAGUACCGGAGGUUCUUCCUCGGUCUUGGAACUAUGGAGACACUGUUGAAACUUGUCAAUACCCUACAGUCGAAGAACCAGUCAAUCCAGCACGGGUACUCAGCCAUAUGGAUCUUCGAAAUCAGCGCAUCAUAUUCAUGGCACUGAUCCUCCUUUUGAACAUCGUCAUGGCGGUCCUUACAAUUUUUGCCAAAAAGUCGAAGCUCAACUUGGUUGUGGUUUUAUUCAUCAAAAGCAAGGACUUCCUUUCAGCUCUGAUUUCCCCACUGGGCAUGGCUUCUCAGGGCAUCUACCAUCUAUUCCGACCUCUCGAGCCUGUUUCUGAGCGCUGGAUCCUCUCCCUCAUACCCGCCUACUCUGAGAGUGAAGAGCAGAUUGUGAAAACAGUCUACUCUCUCCGAGAUAACGGUGUCGAGCCCCACCGCCAAGUCAUGGUGAUAGUCCUUGACGGAAACCCAAGAGACAUCCGAUCACAUAUGACGAGGGUGGUGCGCGAGUUUGAACGCCCGUAUAUCAGUCUGAAAUUCAAGAGAGGCAUUCUUCGCAUUACGGCUGGUUUCAUGGAAGAUGUGCCUGUCAUCGUCAUCGAAAAGCUGAAGAAUGCCGGUAAAAAAGACUCCCUUAUUUUCUGCCACGAUCUCUUCAACUACCCCCGCAUGAACUCGCCACUUUACACGAAGCUUCUAAGACAGGAGAUAUGGCAAGAAAUCCUUCCGAUCCUCACCGAAGGGUCGGACUUUAAGGGGUUCGAUAUGGUCUUCUGCACUGAUGCGGACUCAACCAUCCACAAGGGCGCCAUAGCCAGACUCGCCAACGCCCUCGCACGAGAUAAGAACGCCAUUGCAGCCUGUGGCUUGGUUCUUGUGGAGUUGGAACCUGGAUAUGAAUGGUCAUUUUGGAAUCUUUAUCAGCAAUUUCAGUACACCUACGGACAGUAUGUUCGAAGGCGAGCGGAAGGCAUCGUGGGAAAAGUCACCUGUCUUCCAGGCUGUAUCACGAUGAUUGCAGUGCGGAAAGAGAUGGCAGGAGCCAUACAGAAAUAUGCGGAGCCAGUCACCGAAUAUCUCGUUCUGUCACAUCAAGUGCAGUAUCUGGGAACUGAUAGACGGCUCACCUAUUCUAUGCUCUCUCAGGGGAAGCACUUACGCACUCUAUUCGUACCUGAUUCUGUCAGCGAAACCGUCGCACCUCAAUCAGUCCAACACUACCUCAGCCAGCGUCGAAGGUGGGGGUCGAAUGCCUACUUCAACAACUACUUCUAUACAGCUGGAGAGAAUAUGCUUCCCAUAACUCGCAUUGCCUCUAGCAUCGAAGUCAUACGGCUCAGCAUGGUCUAUUACCGAGUUCUCAACACAGCACUUUUCUUAUGGGGACUUACUUCGGCGCAUGUCACCAUCAUACAGUUGAUUCCGAUGCUCAUAAUUGGCCAGCUGCCAAGCUUUUGGUUCUUCUGUUCAGUUAUCCUCGACCCUGAAUUGAGAAAGCGAGCACACAAGCUUGCCAUAGGAUUUUCAAUCAACAAGCUGAUCUCACCAGUAAUGUCAUUGAUUAUCUUCACAAAGGUUGCGACAAACCUAGGAAGCCAGGCGUGGGGCAUGUCAGGAGUGACGGCAUCCACGGCGGCCCCAGCUGCCACUUCUUCCACUGAAGGGAGUGAUACAGAAAUUGGAGGUCUCUCGGAAGCAGAGAAAGGACAAUGCGGUCCAUCUAUGACAGAAGACUCCGAGGACGACGGGAAACGCAAAGGACCCAGGCAAAGGGCCGGUUCGGGUAUAGACAUAGAUGGUGAUUGUUGA